AAAUUGCGGUUUUAUUAUAGGUUUGUAUGUUUAGUAUGUCGAUAACCAUGAACCCGCUCGCAAAUCCCAAAGGAGUAAAGAAACUAUGCAUACUUUGCCAGAAACCUGCAAAACUCCAAUGCACAAACUGCCGGGUCACCCUUUACUGUGACAAUGACCACCAGCAGGCCGACUGGAUCAGUGUUCAUGAAAAAGUCUGUCUUCUACUGGUGUCCAUUCACGCACCUGCACCCUUCCAAACGUUGCAUGCUGACCGGGAACACCACCAUACAGAGACCCUGAAGAAACAGAAGGAGCUAAUAAAGAUUGCCCAUGAAGAGGCACAAAGGUGGGUGUCCAGUAAAAGGUUUCAUCAUGCGAUACCAGCUGCUCUUCUCUUCCUGCGUUGGGCCGUGCAGCUGUACGGACCUCGUUCCAUUAAACUGGUACCAGCUUAUCUCCUGCUUGCACAUGCUAAUAUAGGUUUAGAUUCUAUGUCCCAGGCUCAAGAGUAUCUCUCCAAGGCUGAGUGGGCUGUAAUGAACACACCAGGUUGUAGUCCCAUUGUCCUUCAUCAGCUACAUCGAAUGCUGGGCCGUCUGCAUGCCGCUACAGGAAAAUACCCGUCUGCUCUCUUUCAUUUCUCCAAUGAUGUGUACUACGCCAGUGAGGUGUUUGGAUUGGAGAGUACUGAGACAUGUGGAGGGUAUUUCCUCAUGGCUGAUGUGUUUCUAAAGCAAAACAAGCCUGACAUCACCCACUCGCUCUACACAGAGGUUGCAGGUUUCUGGCACGCUCACCUGUGUAGGUUGAUGGAAAGGAUCAGUCGGAGUGGCACUGAGCCAGAGGACUGUUUUGGUGAGGCUCAGUGUGUGGAGGUCGAUCAGAUGUUGAGAUGCAUUCAAGACUUUGAGGAACAUCAUAAGAAACCUUGCUCUGACCUGUCAGCUAUAUUGUUUCAUUCUCUGGCAAUGCUGUGGUUGCUCUCUAACAACUACUCCAAGGCACUGGAAUAUGGGAAGAAGGCUGAGAUGUUGAUUGAAGGGUUGAACGAUCAAAACAGCAUGAAAGAGGCCAUCCAAAAUCUCUUGCAUUUUGUUGAAAAACACAACAUAGACCUACCACAAUAAAAUAUAAAUG